AUGCCCAUCGCGCGGCUGCUUCCUCUUCUCCUUUGGCUCGCCGGUGCCCCCUGCGUUCUCGCGGAGUACCGCUGCAUGUUUGACAAGAUCGCCCCGAAGGUGUCCGAGCUACAAACCGCCGUGGUGCGGGAGCUCCCAAGGACGACCGCUGGCGGAUGGCAGGCGUACACCGCGGCCACACCCGACUGGGCGCCCAUCCGGAUUAAGGUCUUCGCGGAGGACUUAAAAAACGAACUGAGGUACUGCACGCAGCAAGGGGAUGUGCGGCCGGAUUUUACCGGAGAUUUGAUUCGCUGCCAGUGGCCGGACGUCGUCACGAAAGAGAAGAUGAAUAUCAUCCUCACUGAGCUGCUGCCCAAAGCCGUCCUGCUGCAUGCUGAGCGGCUGCUUGUACGCCCCGUCAGAGGCGCCUUGACGUUGCCCCUCUUCAAGCUGGGGGUCUGCAGGGAGUUCACCGUUCCCGCUGCACACCACGUGUCGGGCGUUGCCGGUGCCGAUAUGCUUCUCUACGUCGCGGCCGCCCCCACCCAAGAUAGGGCCGUCGCGUGGGCCUCCACGUGUGUGACGCUGCGGGAUGGACGACCCGCCGCCGGUGUCUUGAACCUCAGUCCGAGCUUUGUCGCCCCCACGCGGACCAGCGUGCGCGUCGUCUCGCACGAGAUUGCGCACGCGCUCGGGUUUCACAGCCAACUGAUGCAGAGGCUGGGGAUGAUCACCCGGCACUUGGGCCUCCGCGGCAAGGCGAGCACGUUUGUGGUGUCCUCCAACGAGACGCGUGCGAGGGCGCGGGAGCACUACGGCUGCAACACCGCACCUGGCGUGGAGCUUGAAGACGAGGGUGGGAUGGGGACGGCGUACUCGCACUGGGAGCGUCGCAACGCGAAGGAUGAACUGAUGAAUCCGGCGGUUGGUGCAGGCUUCUACACCGUGUUGACGCUGGCCGCGUUUGCGGACAUGGGCUAUUAUCGUGCGAACUUCAGCAUGGCAGAACCUAUGGGCUGGGGCUACAAGGCUGGAUGUUCGCUGCUGCAGGAGAAGUGUCUGAAGAACGGGGUUACGGCCCACCCAGAGAUGUUCUGCUCCGGCCCGUCCCACACCCUGGCCUGCACCUCGGACCGCCGUGCUCUGGGAACCUGCUUACUCGUGGUAUACAAGAACGCGCUUGCGCACGAGUAUCGCUACUUCACGCAAAGCAACAUCGGCGGGCAUCAUGAUCUGCUGAUGGACUUAUGUCCCGUCAUUGUCCCGCUCAAGGACGCCGACUGUGCUGAUGGAAACUCUGCCUUGAUGCCUGGGAGCCGUAUUGGUCCGCACUCGCUUUGUCUGAAGGGCGACUCCCUCCAGUUGGCCCGCCGCGGCCGCAUCGGUGACGUCUGCGCGGAGGUGAUGUGCCUUGGCGGGGUUGUGCGUGUUCGGUACCUUGGCGACGAUGCCUGGCACUUGUGCCCCGAGGGCGCCGCACUGACCCCAGCGUGGCCCUUCACGGGCGGACGAAUUCUGUGCCCACGGAGCGUCGACGUGUGUCCUCGGCUGCCUGACCCGCCGCCUGGCGAGGGCGGGCGGGCGGAGACGCGGCGCGGUGCCGGCACCCCUGGUGAAAAGGGGCAGCAAGGGGGGAAGGGCACGGCUAACACCACGGCAACUGCGAACAACGGCCAGGGUGUACUUGAGCAGUUGUGCCUGAUGCUUGGGAUCGACUGCAGCGAUGUAAAGUGGUGGGAUCCAAGCUUCCUCCUUUCCUUCUGGAGGGAUGCGUAA